AUGGAGGGCCCACCACGCGCCAAUGCUGCGCAGCUCGCUGCUAGAAAAAUUAAAGACCGUCCAAAGGGUCGAAGAGGAGGAACUCCUUCGACACCCAGCUCGCUUUCCUCUGCUCCGCAGUGGGCUCCUGUGCAACCUCAAGGUCCAGCACAAUUUGGAGGCGCUGCAGCAGGAGGAGGGCUAUUUGGGGGAAGCGUACAAGCAACAGGAACAUUCGAUUUUGCCGCCCCAUCGGGCCCGUCGUUCCCACCUCCAUCUUUCGGGAGCACCACGAACAAUAUAUUUGGCAUGAGUAAUGGGGCGUCAAACCAGGAACCAGACCGCCCAGUAGAAGACCGACCGACCAAGAAACAAUUCGGUACCUCCACAAACUCUGCGCGCCAACCAAACACCUUUCAAACACCGAAUCUUUUCGCACAAGGUCAACAAACAAAUAUAUUUGGCUCAGCAAACCAAUCACAAGUUGGAAACAAUCCAUUUUCGUUUGGGAAUACAUCACAACCUGCAACGAAUUCUGCUAGCUUCCCCCCCACGUCCACAACGCAGAGCCAACCGUCCAACAGCAUAUUCUCCUUUGGAGGUUCCUCAUCCGCCCCAGCUCCCACUUCUAUCAGCUUUGACUCCGGCACUACUUCAGAGAAGCCCGCAUUCAAUAUUUUCAACUCGGGCCAACCUACGGCUCAACCUGUACCGUCGACCUCAGCUUUCAGUUUCGGGUCAUCGACUUCUCAGAACAAGCCUUCAAGCACUCCUUUCCAGUUCGGCCAGACCUCCAAUCAGUCAACAAGCUCCAGUACGAACGCCAUCUCUGCCCCAGCGAUAGCAGCUCCGUCGAGCAGCAUAUUUGGGAACCUUCAACCGCAACCACCUUCCCAACCGACGAAUAUCUUUGGUAAGCCGAGCAGCGAUUCCGGAACACCCAAUAUAUUUGCCAACCUCAAACCAACCACUCCCUCCUCAACACCCCUUUUCGGAAACGGAACACAAGAACCUGCGAAGGCCACGACCAGCCUGUUUGGAGCACAAGCCCAAUCAGUUUCUCAACCAGGGCAAGAAUCCGCAAAGGCUACGACCAACCUAUUUGGAUCACAAGCCCAACCAGCGUCUCAGCCUGUGGUUAAUAUCUUUGCCAAACCCACCCCACCGCCUGCCCAGUUGCCAAGCUUUACUGGCCAAGGUUCAGAAGCUUCAGAAAGUAAACUGGAGACUACCAAGAGCCAAACGCCAUCAACAGGCGGGCUCUUCGGCAACUCGACUCUGCAGCAACCACAAUCAGGCAAUCUCUUUGGGAGUUCAGGUUUGUCGGCCAAGUCGGCAGGUGACCCUCUCGGCACUCUCAACCAACCCUUCCAACAACCUUUCGGCCAGCCCACAAUGCCUGAAGUGAACGGUGCAACCUCAAACUCAGCUGAAAAUACAGCUACAAUGAACAGUAACUCGCCAUUUUCAACUGGUGUGGCGCCAGUGACCUUGAGCAAUGCCGCUGCCGCAUCUAAGCCACAGUUGACCUCGACAUUCACGUCACAGCCCUCGUCGUCCGAAAGUGCUACUAGUACAAGCUCCUCGCUUUGGGAGAAGGCUCCUUCUGCAGCCCUUGUGCCCCAUACUCCUGAAGUAUCUUCGUUGCUGAACCGUGUUGAAGCAUCUGAAACUGGGAUUGUUGAGAGGGACGCUGAUGCACCGGAGGAACCAGCACGACCGCCUUCAUUUGUUCAAAAGGUGGCUGAAAAUACCCUUGCAGACCUCGAUGGCGAUCUGGAUGACUUUGCAAGAUUAUUUCCUGGGAUGGUCUAUGCAAGCAAAUUUCCUAUACAAAAGAUGGCACCUGAAGUUCCUCCAGAGUUCACCCCGGAGCAGCGCGUUGAAUUCUACUCGGCUUGUCGCAUGAAGGCGCUAAAUAAAGCACUCCAGCGAUACUUGAACAAUAUUCAACUCACCGACAACAUAUUUCCUGCCAUGAGGUUCUAUGAGCUGCUGAGGCAGUCUAUCUUGUCACGUUCCGAUGAAGAGCUUGCGGAAGAACUCCAGAAUCUCAAACGCAAAGCUACCGACCGUGCAAACGAGGAGAAUGAGCAACCCAGCAAGCGAACGAAGCAGGCCGAGUCCUCAACAGCUUUAUACCCACAACUACCCCGGGAUAAUGCGAUGAGCUUCACAGCGCCUUCACCCCCUAAAUCAUUGCAACCUCCCUCGAAUGAGACUGCAGCUUCAUCAACCCCUUCGAUGGGCGUUUUUCAGGCAUCCCCUACCCCGCCGACUCCGGAUACAGCCCCGUCAAGAGGGAAGCGGAAGGGCGAAGAGCUUACAAAAGACAGCUACGAAAAUGAAUCAUCGAGCCCACUUAAACGCUCGAAGACACAAACUUCAAACGGGGCUGAGGCCGGCUCUAAUACAUCGAACAUAUUCAAGAAGCUUCUUGAUAGUCCAGCUAAACCUAGCCCAGGAAGACGAAGUCCAGAGAAGAUGUCUCGAUCUUCGGGGGAUGAGAAGCCCCGCUUCAACCCCUUCGGAAGUCUACCGGUUCCAGCUUCACCAGCUGCCAAAACCCCCGCAACAGCACCAUCUUCUACCAGCCUGUUCGCACCCAAAGGCCCAUUUGCAACUAAUGAAUCUGCUCCACCAAAGUCUUCUCCAGCCACAGCCGCCGUACCAUCAAAAUCUGCGCUACAAAUGCCGGCCGCCAUCAAGCCUCCGACAUUUGGUACCGGCCCUGUCGAUUUCCUGGCCCAAUUUAAUCAACAGGCCUCCAAGCAUCAAAAGGAUAGCGAGAAUGAUUUGAUGGAAAAGGCAAAGGCGGAAGAUCUGGAUUCUGAUGACGAUGAGGAAGAAUGGGAGGCGAACUACAAGAAGAAACGCGCUGAAGAAUUGAAGGCAGUCGAAGAGCUUGCUAAGAGCAAACGUGCUACUUUCGUACCCGGCAAAGGAUUCAUGUUUGCUCCAGUUGAACAGGCUCCCGCCUCCAGUUCAACUGAUGCGGCCAAACCCUCAGAGAAAUCGCCCGAAAAGGCUGCAGAUAACACUCAACCAAAGCCACUCUUUGGCCAGAAUUCAUCGAUAGGCUCGGCUAGUGGUAUUUUUGGCUCUUUAAAUGGCUCUAAGGCAUCAACCUCUGGCAAGGGGUCUGUCCUCGACAGCCAUAAGCCCGGCCAAGCAGUCGCCUUUGGUGCCAACAUUUUCGCACAUCUGUCAGACGCUGAUUCAGGAAGCGAUAGUAAGAAAGUCGAUGAUGCAGAUGAUGAGAGUGCAGACGAAGAAACGGAUAAUGAAAGCGACUCGGAAAACAAGGACCCUACCUAUAAUCCUGGCGCAGAGAGCAAGAGUGGACCUGGCACACCAGUGGAAGAAACCGGACCUGGCAUAGCUUCAGCCAAAAAGGGCACAAUUCCUUCCACUUUCGGGUCCAGGCAGGGUGGGCUUUUCGGUACCCCUUCCAUUUCAGGUACCAGUUCUCCAGGAGGCAGUCUAUUCGACCGGAUCAGCAAAGACAGCAAUGGAAACCCCAUCCGAGAAAUCUCAUCAGAGGAGAAGGAGAAUACCAAGCCUAAUACAACGAACAUCUUUGGGGAGAUGAAAAAUCCCUUCGCAUCACUCAAUAAGCCUGCUGGAACCCCAGCGGAUCAGACAUGGAAGCCGGAUAGCCCCAUCAGAUUUGGAAGCACCACGCCAACCAACGAUGCUAAAAGCUCUGGGCCAACCGUCAACGUCCAAGCCGCUACGCCAACCAAGCCCUCCUCCCCAUUCGGAAAUCUCUUUGGGACCCCGAAGGACGUCCCUACCGUCUCGAACGGAUCAGCGACUAGCCCAGCUCCAUUUUCCAACCUCUUCGGAAACACCAAUAACACGAAGCCCGCUCCUACUGCCGGGGUGGGCUUCAACUUUGGUGCUUCUAGCACGAGCUCUUCCCUCCUUCCUUCCGCUGCAGUAUCUGCCAGCACCUCCCGGGCUACCACCCCUGGAGGAACAACGGAUGGAGAUAGCGCUGCGGAAGGCGACCCUGAUGCUGAGUAUCAUGAACAAAUCGACCUAACGGCUGGUGGCCCAGGCGAAGAAAAUGAAGACGUGCUCCAUGAAGUACGUGCAAAGGCAUUGAAGUUCGUUACACCGGGUGAUGGCACAAAAGGCGCUUGGGAAACUAAAGGUGUAGGACCACUAAGGGUACUUAGAAACAAAGACACCAAAGCUGUGAGGAUUCUGCUCCGGGCCGAACCUCGGGGAACGGUUGCGCUUAAUAAGGCGCUUCUUAGCAAAGUCAAGUAUGAGGCGACUCAGAAGACGGUCAGAAUCUCGGCGAUAUCUGACAAUGGGAAAUCCAUGGAAACCUGGGUUUUACAGGUUAAAACCCCUGAAAUUGCACAGGGUUUAGCAGAGGUUAUGGAGUCCAAUAAGCCGUCUUGA